AUGCCAACGACAUUAUCAUCCGAUCGCUAUUCAGCAGUUUCAUCAUCAUCUACUUCUUCUACCUCAUCAAGCAGUUGCUACAAUAAUAAUAAUAAUAACAAUAAUAAUCAUAAUCAUAAUAACAGUUCUUUAUCUCAAUCAUCUCGUUCAUCAUCAACAUUUCUACCACUUCGUUCUGCAAAAUCAUCAUUUCACUUGUCAAAAUCAAACAAUACAAAUUAUCAUUCUAUGCAAUCACUUAAAAUUCGUCAACAAUAUAAAACAAAUCAUACACCUGUUGCACGUAUAUCACCACUUGUUAUUAAUCAACAAUUAUCAUCAAAUGAAAUUUCUAAACAACAUGAUAAAGAUGAUGGUUGGCUUAGCUGUGAAGAACUUGAAACAAUUGAAAAACGUUUUACUGAUUUAUUACAAGAACCAAAUUAUAAAAAACCAAUUAUUUUAAAUAAUUAUCAACAACAAGAACAACAACGAGCAAAAAGUUGUGAUCGAUUAGCAAUGGAUGAUGAAGAUUAUAAACCAACAACUUUGCCUGUUCCUCGAAAAUCAUUAAUUAGUAAAACGGAAGAUAAAGACUUAGAUAAUAAUUUACCGUUACCAGCUUCAAUAAUCUAUGAUAAUAAUACUCGUCCUCGUUCGCAAACUCCUCAUCAUUUUGUUUCAUCAUCUACUCGAACAGUUCUAUCUGCAAACGAUAUUCUUAAAGUUGAAUCAUCUUAUCGAAGUAUUGGUACUCAAGUAUUUGCUUGUCGUUGUUUAUGCGAUCUAUAUAUAACAACAACUGAUCGUUUAGCUAAACUUGAAGAUUGGAUAUUAUUUCAACAUGGUUUACCUGUAUGGUUACUCAAUUCAGGUACAGAUCCAAAACGUCAAUCACGUUUAUCUUUAAUUAUUGCUGAACAUGGUUCUGGUUUUCCAGUAUGGCAAGACACGAUAAAUGGAUUUAGUGACGUCAAACAAGCUCGUGCACAACAUAUAACAUUUCGUUUAUCUGACCAAAUAACACUUGCUGUACUUCGUUUUAAUGAUUUAUCAGCAUCAAAAGAUUUUUAUUCUUAUUAUCAAUCAAUACGAAAUGAUAAACGUUAUGAACAUUUAUUUUCAACCAUAAUAUCAAAUAGACAUCAUAGAAGUUCAUCAUGUGGUUCAAUAUUAAGAAAACAUCGAAAAAAUCAAAAUAUUAAUAAAUCAUCAAUAUCAAAUCCAUGUCAAUUUCAACAUAUAACUUGUUUACAAGUUAAAGAUCGUGUUCGCUUAAUAUCACUUGAUCAAUGUCUUAUACCAUCACAAAAUUAUUCAAAUCAGCAUAUUUAA